CUUCAGUCCCAUUGCAACAUUCACUUCGCUCAGUCAGUCGGUGUGUUUCUAGUUUUGCAGCUCGAUGUAGAAGCGAAUCGAGCGCUCAUAGUUUUCCCACCUAAAUAAAUUUGUUCUCGCACACUUUCCCUCUUGCCCGGUGUACCCUUUACAACGCUGUUGUUGUCUGUUUCUUCUGUACAUCGUCGCCGUGUCGUCGUUAAAUAUUCCGGUAUGUCACACACGUUGUCUGGUGAUCAUUAGAAGUUACUGUUACCGAGUCUAUCCGUCGUUCCAUACACAAUGCUCCUUCUGUGACGUGUCUCCGAAUGAUCUUUCGCAUUUGUAUGGGAAUUGGGAAUAAAAAUUCAUGAUAUCAGAAGAAAAAAUUGUGUGAAACCAUUGACGAAGCAAAGUCUGAGUUAGGGUCGGUCGACGACGUGUGCAACUGUGUUCGUGUAUAGCUAUUCGGAAACGAAAAAGUGUGAAGUUCAGUAUUUAAAACAAGCAAUCACGGGAAACACUAUGCCGCAGUUCUACAAAGUAGAAAUCAACAAAACGGAAUGGGAGGUACCGCAGAAGUACCAAAUGCUCACUCCAGUAGGGAGCGGGGCCUACGGACAAGUCUGCUCGGCGACGGAUACACAGCACAACGUUAAGGUGGCAAUCAAAAAACUGGCGCGCCCUUUCCAGUCGGCCGUCCACGCCAAACGGACCUAUCGUGAACUUCGCAUGUUGAAGCACAUGAACCACGAGAACAUAAUCGGCUUGCUGGAUGUUUUCCAUCCCGGAGGGAACACACUGGAUUCCUUCCAGCAGGUCUACCUGGUCACCCACCUAAUGGGGGCGGACCUGAACAAUAUUAUACGAACGCAACGUCUCUCGGACGACCAUGUACAGUUUCUAGUCUAUCAGAUAUUACGGGGCCUUAAAUACAUUCACAGUGCUGGUAUUAUACACAGGGAUUUGAAGCCGUCCAACAUCGCGGUGAACGAAGAUUGCGAGCUGAAAAUUCUAGACUUCGGUCUGGCCCGCCCCACAGAGAACGAAAUGACCGGCUACGUCGCGACUCGGUGGUACCGGGCGCCGGAAAUCAUGCUCAACUGGAUGCACUACAACCAGACGGUGGACAUUUGGUCCGUUGGGUGCAUCAUGGCCGAGCUGCUGACGGGACGAACGCUGUUCCCCGGGACAGACCACAUCCAUCAAUUAAACCUAAUAAUGGAAAUAUUGGGAACACCGAACGAAGAGUUCAUGGCGAAAAUAUCCUCGGAAAGUGCUAGACAUUACAUCCGAUCAUUGCCCAAAACGGAAAAGCGAAACUUCAGCGACGUGUUUCGUGGUGCCAAUCCUCUUGCGAUCGACCUGUUGGAAAAAAUGCUGGAACUAGAUGCCGAUAAGCGUGUGACCGCGGAACAAGCGCUGGCUCAUCCGUAUCUCGAGAAGUACGCUGACCCCACCGAUGAACCAACAUCCUCGCUUUACGAUCAAAGCUUCGAAGAUAUGGAUCUGCCCGUGGAGAAGUGGAAGGAACUGGUUUUCCAAGAAGUGCUCAAUUUCGUUCCCCAACAGCAUGCACACAUUGGCGGGGAUGGACAGUAAGAUAGCCACCUGUUCCGUACAAGGAAGCCAACCGGAAGGAGGAACCGUUGGACAACACAACUGUUAAAUAGCGUCUAGAUAUUACCUACUAUGUCUUAAAAAUCUACAAAACAAACCUGCAACGCUAAUCAAUCAUGCCUUGGAUAAUCCAACUGUUGAAUCCAUCUUCUAACAAUAAUUCAUCCAGCUGUACACGAUCGUACCCAUAACAACUUCUAGAAGCUACACAUAAAGACUCAAAUCUUAAGAAAGAAAGUGAUCAGUAAUGUGAAUAGUGUGAACAACAAGUAGUAUUGAAUGGCUUCAUUGGCAGGGAUUUAUUUCUAAAAAGAGGAGAACAUAUGUGGAAUGGAUUUUACAUUACGAAUAAUGUAUAAACCUUGAGAUGGUAUUUUCAAAUUGAUUUAUUGUUUAUAUUGCAUAAGUUUCAAUAAAUAAGAAAAACAAAGUAUGGGAAUAGCUACAAUCUGUUA